AUGUAUGUGGAGUGGAGAGAUGCAGUUGUGAUUGUGAGAGACCAAGGCAGCAAAACCACUCGGAGGAGUGGUGGAGUGCUUAAAGGUGUGUGGAGUGGAGAGAUGCAAUAUUUGACAACUAUUCAUAUCACAGAGGUAAGUGUCAUAAUGGAGUCAGAGGAGUUGGUCUUACCAUGGAUAAAUGGGGGGAAAAGUGCCCUUGAAGAUGAGAGAAAGUGCUUGAGCUACAAGGAUCAAGCCAACUUCAUCAAUGUGUCUAUGUUUUUACUUGGCAAGACUUCUUUGAUGGCUAGUAUUACAAAUAUGUUUGUAAUCUCAUCCUACACCUGCCAAGAUUGGGUGCUAUCAAGGGAGAAAAGAAUCCGAAAUGGAAGAGAGGAGGCAUGUACAGAUUUGGGCAUCUUGUUGCCUGAUUCACUUCAUCAGAACUUGAUCUGUAUCUUUGAAGUGAGAAAUUAUGAUUGCAGUGGAGGAUCCUCCGUGUUAGGUUUGGUGAAGAGAUUACCAGUGCCACUGUUGCUGGAUCAAGAAGCUCUUGAUUUCAUAACUGUUGAACAGAGAAAGGGAAAGGGCCCAGUUAUGAGGCUGGGCACACUAGGGACUAUGCUUAUUAUGAAGAUUGUGUACAUGAGAUUGUCUAGUGGUAGUGGAAGUGAAAGUGCGACCCACACCAGAAAAUCUGCAAAAUCAAGAAGUAACGAUGCUUCUGAAAACAAUAGUGACAGCAGUGACGAGAAUGACUAUGGAAGCAAAGGCUUGAGCAUUCGCGAUGGAAGUGACAAUGGAAGUGGCACUCAGAUGGAGAUUGGAGAGGUUCUUUGUUCUCGUUGUGCUUUCCAGGAAUUAUAUACUAAAGAUUCUAGGUCUCCCCUUGUCUAG